AUGUUGAACAAGACUAGUCGUCCUUCCGAGCAUUCCACCACCAAGAUCAAUCUUUCGGAUGAGGUGGUAAAUUUGUUCGGAAAGGAUUUACAUGCCUAUGCUGCAGAGUCUGGGGUUAUGGAACAACAACAGAAUACUAGUUAUUCCAAGUGCCAUGAAUCUCCAUCAUCAUUGAAAGAGUUUCAAGAACAAAUCAUAGAUAUCGGAACAAAAUGGAGAAAUGGUUGUGUCAAUAAUGAAGAGUUUCAGAACAAAUUAAGAGAUGGAGGAAUACUCAUGUAUUGCUUGCUCAUUCUCAAGUCAUAUUUUGAGCACGAUGAGGAAUGGGAGGAGUACGCUUCUAGGAAGACGGUUUUAAUUUUGCUUCAAGUUUUAGCAAAUGCAAUGACAGCAAACAAACCUAUUCAAAUUUACUUGUAUGAAAUUUGUGAUCAUGUAUUUGUUAGGGAAAUUUUACCGAAAGCUCUUACAAAAGGAAAGAAUAUGACUAAUAUUGCCUGUAUGAGCAUAUACAAUAGCAUUGCAAAGGGAAAUUUACAAAUUGAAGGAGAAAUUUUCACCAACAAACAACUCAUGAUAGAUUUAUUAGAUUACUUAUACGAAACAAAGCAAACAAAAGAAUGGAUCUUUUUAAUUUAUAAGAAAUAUUUUUUAAGCAAGGCCUAUAUGACAGAAAUAGAUGAACCCUUUUUCUUUGAGGAAGAGGACCAUUUUUUGCAUUUAAUUGACACUGUCAACGAGAAUAACACAUUAUUGAAUCUAUUGGAAAUAAUGGAUCAAUUUUGUUCAGAAGAAACUCAAGCUGCCGAGCCUGCACGGGCCAGCGAAACCUACAAACACUUACUCAUGUUUUGCGUAAAAUUGAUUGGUCAUUUUGAGAACAAAUUUCAUCCAUCUACAGAAAACACAUUACAUAUGUUUACUUUCACUCAAUUUGAAUGCCUUUUUGUGUGCCUGGAAUGUUUGGCAAGUUUAAGCGGACUCAUUAAUCUCUCUAAGGAAAAAUCUCAAUACGUUGACUUGAGAAAAGAAUGCACAAGAUGGUGCUUAACCCUCUUGAGUUUGUCAUGUGUGAACAAGGAAAUCAAACAAGAGGAAAAUUUUGUCUUUACAGAAAUUUUUAAUCAGACAGGUUUACUCGUGAUGACAAGGGAAAAUGAUGACCGAAAUGUCGAUAGUGAUGAAGAUCAAAUGUUCAUGGGAUAUAAAACACUUCUAGUGAGAUCACUCGCCAAUCUGACCUAUGCAACCCGAGAAAUACAGGAUUAUAUUCGAGAGGAACAAGGAAUUCCAUUGGUACUUAGCUGUUGUGCAUUUCAGGAUCCUAAUCCAUUCUUACGGGAAUGGGGAGUUUUUUGUGUCAGGAAUUUGUGUGAGAAUAAUGAAGAAAAUGUGAAAUUCAUUUCAGGUGUUAAACUUGAGAGUCUCGAUGAAUCGACAGAGGAGUUAUUGGCCAAGCAAGGGUUUAAGGCAACGAUUGAGAAUGGCAAGAUCAAAUUACAGAAAAUUAUUGUACCUCAAGAGAGUUCUUCUCAGGAAAGUGAAUCCAAUACGUCUUCCUGCCCUUCAAACAGUGCAACCAAAGAAAAUAAUCAAUAA